AUGUCAGCAUUCAAGGAGGCCCUGCGCGCGCGCCGGAAGGCGCUGGAUGAAGUGCAGCGCGACGCACGUGAAGCCGCUGCUGCUGCGGCGGCCGCAGCCGCUGCCGAAGCAGCCGCAGCUGCCGCUGCCGCUGCGGCCGCUGCAGAGGCAACGGCUGCAGCAACUGCAGCCGAAGUUGCCCAAGCACCAGCGCCAGACGAUGCGGCAGAUACGGCUGCCGCAAAGGCGGAGGAACGCAAGCAGCGUCAGAAGGCUCGCCGGGCAGCGGCACGAGCCCAGCUCGAGGCGGACCGCGAUGCCAAGGCGCAGCGUAAGUCCCAAUUGGAGCAGCGCCAGUCCUCGGCAGCGCAGGAGAUGGAAGCGCUCAAGGCUCGGCUGGAGGUAGUGGAACGGGAGAAGCACCGCCUGGUCAGCCAGCUGCGGCAGGUUCUUCAGGCGGAGGGGCUGCAGCGAAGGCCAAGUGUGGUAACCCUGGGUGGCCCCGGUGACAUGGGUCAGUCGCCGUUCAGCCCCGUGGUGCUUCAGCAGCAGCUGCUGCAUCCACAUCAACUGGGGCCGGGAGCCCUCCGCACGCCAAGCACUGGCCUAGGGAUGAUGAUGCCUCACUCCUCUGCAAGCACCGAAGAGCCCGGAGCUGCUGCUGCCGCCGCCGCCGCCGUCGGCCAGCUGCCGCACGCGCCUCAAGUGUCUCCCUUUGGGAGCGGCGGCUUCGUCUCCACUGGCUCGUACGGCACCCUGCCGACAAUGGUAUCAGCGGUGACUGCGGCCGCGGCUGAUAUAGCCGGCGGAGGCAGCACGGGACGCCCGGGCGCAGCGGCUGCCGCUGCAGCAGUCGGUGGACGGCACACCCGCACCGCUGGCGACGAAGAGGAUGAAGGGGAGAUCCGGGAAGACGGAGAGUACGGCGGGGCCGGGCCCGGUCCGGGCCAUGCUGGAGUCGGAGCCCAUAACCUCGCGGCAAGUCACCCUCCUGGGCCACCUCAUGCGCCGUACGCUGUACCAGGUGUCGUACUGAUCCCACCGGCGCCGGCUACCGGACCUGCUGCGGGACUCGGCACCGGUGGGGGGCAGGGUUCAGUUCCAGGGCCCGUGCACAGCUCCGCUCCCAGCCUGGGCCCACCGCUUCACGGGAUAGGUCAUGGUCCGGGAGCGGCCCAUAGCUCCGGGACCCUUGGACAUGGCGCCGGGCCAAGCCACGGAGGUGUUUUCGGAGCCGCUGGAGGCCCUGGGCCCAGUGUUGGAACGGGCCCUGGCCCUGGCCCGGGGCAUGGACUUGGUGGCUCAAGCGCCUACCCUGAUCCUGCACGGCGCAGCAUUGGUGGGACCAUGUUCCCGGAAGGUCGAGCGUCGACAUUACAACCUGCACCGUCGCAGAUGGGAAUGGGGAUGUCGGGACCCUCCGGGGUGGGGCCGGGUCCGGGCCACGCGACACAGAUCCCUAUGAGGAUGGGACAGGUCCAACAGCAAGGACAGGGAACAUCAACGAUGAAGCGUCGAGGAAAUGACGACCCAGACGUACGAAUAAGCAAAGAGAUGAGCCGUCUGUUACGGCACAAACCGCCGCCCGGUGCCAUGGACGCUGCGGGAUGGGUCAGCCUUCCUGUCCUCUUGCGGCACAUGCGCAACCAUCCGUCGGAGGAGCAAGUCCGACGAAUUGUGGAGACUUGCGACAAGAAACGCUUCGUAAUUGACGACAGCGUAAACCCGCCACGGAUUCGAGCAGCGCAAGGGCACUCCGUGGAGCUUACGGAGGCCGUCCUGGAACCUGUGGUUGACCCCAGCAAAGUACCAAUUGCUGUGCACGUCACCAGCGUGUCAAGCUGGGAGGCCAUACGUACAUCAGGGCAGCUGAUGCGGAUGAACCGCACACACAUCCACUUUGCGACGGAGCCGCAUCACAUGCGAAAGAAUAAGUGGGCUGAGAUCUAUCUCCGACUGGAUUUGGCGGCGGCGUUGGAGCAGGGUCGGCAGUUCUUCCUUUCGAGCAAUGGCGUGCUUUUAUGCGAGGGGCCUGUGCCCGUGAGUCUCGUCGAGCAGGUGAAGCUGGAGGAUCUUCCAGCGCAAUGGCACAGUGCGCACAGAUGA